AGUAGAUCCACCUCGCAGCAAGACAGCACAUGUCGGGUUGGAUUGUAGCACGCUGCUGCUGCCGCUGCCGUAGCAAGCAUGUCUCAGAUGUGUCCGUAGCUAGCAUCGCUCAUCUUUGCUGCCUGUCCUCUGUGUGUCUCUUGCUCGAUGCACACACGCACUGCUCUCGUGCAGCCGUUUAUGUGUGCCAUCUAUCUAUCGCCAUGCAACUGACCCCCUUGUGUUGACGCUUCAGAGUAGGGGUGGCAGGUUCAGGUAGGCCACCUUCCACUCAGUCGCACUCACACGCUCGUCACCACUGCCAUUGCUGCCACCACAGUCGCCAUCCACACCUUCAGCCAGCGCCACUGACAGCCUCUGAGUGACACACACACACACACACAUCAAUAUAAUGAUUGAGCUGAGUUCACCGCGGUCACGUUUGUUCACGCGGCCUGUGCUCCCUCACCUUAUAAAGCCGUGGAGGCAGGUCCCAUUGAGCCGAGGCGCGAGCCGUGACCGCACCUCCAGACACAACAGCUCGAUACAUGACCUGACAGACCGACCGCACCCAGCACAUUAGUUACACGACAUGGUCUGGUCUUCAUCCACAGCUACCCGCUGCACUCACUCACCUUCAUUGCACGUCGCCAUUGGAUGUUUGUUGGGUCCGCCGUCGGCCCGUCGCUUCCUUGUGGCCUCCAUCGCCGGGUAGCCACGUCGCGCAGGGCAAUGAUCAGCUCGAUGCUGUCGUCACUCUCACUUUCGGAUGAGUGCGCUGUCAGUCGAUGCAGCCCCGACUCGGACGCAGCUGUCUCGAUCUGCUCGUACACACACAGAGGGAAUCAAUCAGUGGUCGCAUUCCUGUUCUGCUAACGCAUACCCACCAGUGCAGCUAUGGCCGUUUCCUCGGUGUAGGCGUCCAUCACAUCGCCCACCGAUAUGGCCUGCUUCCACAGCCGCCCCACCAUCCCCCGACCGCCCUCGCCAGCAGCCGCCAUUCCCACCGCCGAUUUGCACUCUCCACAACUCAACGAGUGACCACCGAUCUGCCCAUUGUCCAGCCCGCCGACCGCCAGGCGCCCUUCAUAGCACUUGUGGGCCACGAAGGCCUUGGUGCGUGUCGACGGAACACACAGAGGGACCACCAGAUGGUGACGGUCGACGCCAAUGGUGCGUGGUUGUCUUGCGGCGGCAGAUGGAGAGGCCCUCUGGGAGAGCCGACUGCUGAGUGAGAGCAGCCGCUGGGCACCUCGUGAGCGAGGCUGGUCGUUGGUGGCUGAUUCCGCUGGGAAUGAGAGUUCGGAAGGGUCGAAUGAUGGGAGAGGGGGGCACUCCUCACAGGCGAGGCUGUCAGCAAAGCCUGUGUAGAGUGUCGAUGGCAGAGCGGCGAAGCGGCACUUGGGCAGCUUCAACAGCUCAGCCCCGCAGCACCUGACAACGCAGCAAACAACACAAUGAGCGUGUCCACCGCUUGGCAGCCAUCCGUCUGUCCAGCUGACUGACUGACCUGCAGGCUGGGGCGAAGCUCUCCAGCGCUUGCAAGCGGUCCACCUCGCCCGACCCCUGCCUCCUCAUGAGCAUCGCCCUCACGGCAGCAGAGUCGCCGAUGCGAAACCGCAGCCUCCACAAGCAGACCUGCCCACCAUCCUCACCACAGCUGCUCUCGGUCACACAAAGCGAGGCUGACUGCGUGAGCUCUCCAGCGAUGUCAUCACUCCAGGAGGUGCCGUCUUCACCGUCGUCCCCUCCGUGAUGCAGCGGGAUGGCCGCAAAGGCCUCUCCAUCUCUCUCCAGCCACACCUCCAGCUGCCCAUCCGACAGGCUGAAGCGGGCACGUGCGCUUGAUGCCGCCGACGCGGAUGAGUGCCUUGAGGAUGCCGUGAGUCGACAUUGACCGGUGAGCUGCACCAGUUCCAGAAAGGCACACUCCAGCGGGUGCUCAACAGAGGACGGUGGCAGAUCUUUGUUCCUCUCCAUGUGCGCUGCUGUCCUCGGUGCGAGGAAGGCUCUUAAAGGUCAAGAGAAGAUCCCCAGCCGAAUCGUGCGAGCUUCGCG